AUGAUCUCGGAAAGUUUGGGUAGAGUUCGUGAAGUUUGUGAAGUUCCUGAAGUUCGUGGUGUUCCUAAAGUUCUUGGUGUUCCUGAAGCUCGUGGUGUUCCUGAACAGUUGGCAAUAUUGGCUGAAUUGGCACUUGCUGCUGCAACGGAGAUUGCAACUGUGUAUACUGAG